GAGAUGUACAUAAAUGGCCCACGGCGGCGACCUUCAAUGACGCACGUGGAGGAGCUCUCUCUCAUUAGAAUCAAGAGCAUCUAGGACAACAUCACUCACUCUCAUUCUCAUUCCUCACUCCUCACUUACAACCCACUCACGACUCAAUCACGCAAUCUGCCUCGCCACUUUAUCAAUCUUAUCUGAGCUUAAAACCUUUUGCAAAAGUCAGAAUAGCACAACUAAACCUUCAAGGUCUCAUCCCGCAAUCUAGCAGCACUCGGGCCAAGCCCCCCUCUCACCAAACACCUAUUCACCACUCACAAAUCACACAUCACACACAAUGGCGACCCGCCUCCCCGGCACGACCGUAAUCGUCACCGGCUCCGGUGGCGGUCUAGGCAAAGCCAUCGCCGAAGCCUACCUCGUCGCCGGCGCCAACGUCGUAAUCUCCGACAUCAACGAGGACCGCGUCGCCGCUGUCACCUCGGAAUACCGCGACACCUACGCCGGCAAGCUCCACGGCAUCGUCGUCGACGUCACCUCGGAACCCUCCGUCGAAGCCCUCAUCAAGGGCACCGUAGAACGCUUCGGCCGCCUCGACGUCGUCGUCAACAACGCCGGCGUCAUGGAUAAGUUCGACCCCGCAGGCGACUGCGCCAAGGAGACAUGGGACCGCGUCCUCGCCAUCAACCUCACGGGCCCCUUUUUGACGACGAAGCACGCCGUCAACCAGUUCCUCGCCCAGGGCGGCGCCAGCGGCAGCGGCGGGCCCGCGGGCCUAAUUGUCAACAUUGGCUCCAACGCCAGCUACCGCGGCCUCGCGUCGGGCAUCGCCUACACGGCGUCCAAGCACGGCGUCAUGGCCGUCACCAAGAACACGGCGGGCUUCUACGGCGACAAGGGCAUCUACUCGGUCGCGCUGCUGCUCGGCGGCAUGGACACCACCAAUAUCAUGGACGCCUUCGCCGAGGGCGUCAACCAGGCCGGCAUGACCAAGGUCACGGCCGGUAUGCCCGAAUACAAGCGCGGCGAGACGGGGCUGGACCCGGCUGCUGUUGCAAAGUACUGCGUAUUCUUGACAGAUAAGGAUAUUGCGUCGUCGGCGAACGGGAGCUGCGUCGUUCUCAACAGGAACUGGCCGCACGCCUGAGCCUGACUUCUCUUCAUGGAGGUUUGGAGAAGAAGGGAGGGGUCACGGAUGGAAAAGAGAGCCACGGAUGCAGUGCGUAAAACGCUUGGAGUUGAUGAGAUUGGGUAGUAGCUUGAAGUAGCUUAGUUAUAGGAAAGAUACCUUAUGAAUGUUAUUAACGAUUACCAAACAUCAUCACAGCUAGCAUAUCAUCGCGAUUGGGAGGGCUACGACUCAUAUAUUUAAUCAAGUGGAAAAUUUGAUGGUGUUGCUCCUUCCGACCCAAGGAACAAACAGGCUUCAAUUACACAAGGU